CUUGUUGCAUCUCUCCAUGUCUUUGUGCAGCGUUGGCGUGUUGAUGUUCGCAAGCGUGUGUUGAGAGCACAGUGCUCUGUUUCAUUUAUUUGCGAGAAAUGCAGCUGUGGCGUUUUUUUCUCGCGUAGAAACCGUAGCGGGAUUCGCCGAUCGAAGUUUCUUGUGCACCGCCCUAAAGUGAGCUGCAGGAAUGGCAAAAGGAACCGUGUUAUGGAGACGAACAGAGAACGCUGACGAGGAUAUCUGGGAUGACAGCGACUUGAUCGCAGCUUACGAUCGAGCGUACGAGAAAAUAAAGGCAAAAAUUGAAAGGAGAAACCGUACUUCGUCGGAGAACUCGUCACCUGGACAGGAACCGUCUACUGGAUGGAAACAGGGUGAUUACUGCAUUGCAGUCUACUCUGGGGACAAACUUCCAUAUGAAGCAAAGAUCAAGUGCAUCAGAGGGAAGCACUGCAUUGUUCACUACAUUGGGUACGGCAACGAGGAACGUGUCCUUUUGUCAGACCUCCACCCAUCGGAAGGCAAAAAGGCACGACAAGCCCAGCAAGCUCGAGCAGGCAGUACAGUCCACACAAGCGAUGUGACUUCUGGCUCAUCUCAGCAUUGCACAGGCAUUCCUAAUCUUCCCAGUGAACCUCCGUGGGGCGCUGCCAACUUAGGAGCGGCAAUUUCAAGCUCAGCCUAUGGCACACCUCCCCUACCAGCUCACCCGCCACUGUUCUCGGAGAAUAAUGCAGAGAGUGAUGCACUUUCCUCAAUGCUCAUGGCCUGGUACAUGAGUGGCUACCACACUGGCUACUAUCAGGCCCUACAAGAAUCUAGGCAAACACAGAAAUGAUGUUAUCCUAAGUGUAAAACCAUUUCUAGUGUUUCAGCGAUGAUUUAUUUUUGUGAUUGUGGCAGUGACCUGCACUGUUGUACAAAUAAACUGUUAAAAAUGUA